UCACAGAACUUUGAAAAACAAAUCACUUUGUUUACAUUUGAAUACCAUUUCUUCCAACAUGUAGAAAUGACUCACAGUAACAAUGCAGGAACACCAGCCCCUUGAGUUCAGGUAAACCCAGAGGUUUUAUGUAGCGUAGUCUUCUUGUCUUAUUUGUCUAAUUCUAUUUUUUUUUAAGUUUCAUUAGCAUAAAACUCAAAUAUACAUUUCAAUAGUUAGUCAUAUUGAAAACAGUUGUAUAAUCACAUCAGUCAAUUUUAGAACAGUGUCUUCUGUCUUGAGCUCAUUGUUUAUGAACACCCUUAUUCCCCAGUAUAGACUUUCAUAUGAAAGUUAGUCAUAGAGGUUUCAGGGUUUAUUUGUGAACUCACAUAGCGAUUUCCCUACUCAGAAAGUAACACUAGUUACCAUGUUAAGCAGCUUCUUAAAAAUACUGUUUGGCUAUUUUAAGGGAGAAAAUGGAUAGUAUAGAAAAGCAAAAACGAAUCAAGUAAAGCUUUCAGUUUAAUUUUUAAUCUUCAUUAAAGGUUUUUUCCCCCCCUUCUUUCAUAUGCAUCAUCAAACAACCAGCUGCUGCUAUGUCAGUCGAAGACUUAGCCAGCUAUCAAAUCAUGAUCCACUGUGGAGAAGACAUUGCAAACAGUACUGGCUGAUAUCUGAGGAAGAGAGAACACAGAAGAAUCAGUGUUGGAAAUCUCUGUUCAUAGACACUUACUCUGAUGUUGGAAGAUACAUUGACCAUUACGCCGCAAUUAAAAGGGCCUGGGAUGAUCUCAAGAAAUACUUGGAGCCCAGGUGCCCUCGGAUGGUGUUAUCCCUGAAAGAGGGUGCUCGAGAGGAAGAUCUAGAUGCCGUGGAAGCUCAAAUCGGUUGCAAGCUCCCCGAUGAUUACCGCUGUUCAUAUCGAAUUCACAAUGGACAGAAGUUAGUGGUUCCUGGGUUGUUGGGAAGUAUGGCACUGUCUAACCACUAUCGUUCUGAGGAUUUGCUAGACGUCGAUACAGCUGCCGGAGGGUUCCAGCAGAGACAGGGCCUGAAGUAUUGUCUCCCUCUCACUUUUUGCAUACACACUGGUUUGAGUCAGUACAUAGCAGUGGAAGCUGCAGAAGGCCGAAACAGAAAUGAAGUUUUCUACCAAUGUCCGGAUCAGAUAGCUCGGAAUCCAGCUGCUAUUGACAUGUUUAUCAUAGGUACUACUUUUACUGACUGGUUUACCUCUUAUGUCAGCAAUGUUGUAUCAGGCGGCUUCCCUAUCAUCAGAGACCAGAUUUUCAGGUAUGUUCAUGAUCCAGAGUGUGUAGCAACAACUGGGGACAUUACAGUUUCAGUUUCCACAUCAUUUCUGCCAGAACUUAGCUCUGUACAUCCUCCCCACUAUUUCUUCACGUACCGAAUCAGAAUUGAAAUGUCAAAGGAUGCACUUCCCGAGAAGGCUUGUCAGUUGGACAGUCGCUAUUGGAGAAUAACCAAUGCUAAAGGUGAUGUAGAGGAAGUUCAAGGACCUGGAGUAGUUGGUGAAUUUCCGAUUAUCAGCCCAGGUCGGGUAUACGAAUACACAAGUUGCACCACAUUCUCUACAACAUCAGGAUAUAUGGAAGGUUACUAUACCUUCCAUUUCCUUUACUUCAAAGACAAGAUCUUUAAUGUCGCCAUUCCCCGAUUCCAUAUGGCAUGUCCAACAUUCAGGGUGUCUAUAGCCCGAUUGAUUGUUUUUUCUUCUAAGGAAAUGGGUCCUGAUGAGUAUGAGGAGAUGGAAGAGGAGGAGGAGGAGGAGGAGGAAGAAGAGGAGGAGUCAGCAGAUAUGGAUGAGUCCGAUGAGGAUGAAGAAGAGAGGCGGAGGAGAGUCUUUGAUGUGCCCAUCCGCCGUCGCCGCUGCUCACGCCUCUUUUAGCAAGGCUUCUGCUGAUGGAAGCGCUGGGAUGAAUCCCGUCUGUUAAAUAGAUUUUUCAAUAAUGUACAUAAAUAAAUUGUUCUCAGCAUCUAGCAGGAAAACUAGCAUGAAAUAUUGUUUCAGGCCCUGUGUUCUAUGCGACAGUACAUUAGGAGUUGGGUUGUUUGAGUUUGCUUUGUGUUUUUGACAUAUGGGAGCAAAUGGAAUCUUUUUUUUUCUUUCUCUUCCAGCAGUCCAUGGAAGAAUAGUUUUCUAGCUAAGAAAUAGAUAUUUCUUUGUUUUAAAAUAUUUUAUACUUAUAAAACUAUAGAAAUGGAGGAAAUUGUUUUGAAUAAGGAUUUAAAAUAUAACAAAUACUAUACAUGGGUAGAGAGAAAUUAUGUGGCUGAAUAAUUCUGUGAAAAGACUUCUUGCAGUUGUGACUUAUUUAGAAAUGAACAAAAUUUGUAAUUAGGCUAAUUCAUUUAGUGAUAACUAUAUAUUUUGUACUCACAAGGAAUUAAUUGACUAAAUAACUUGAAUGCUAGUGUCUGUCCUUUCUUAGACAAUCUGUCCUUGAAUUUAAAGUCUUUAUCACUACAACCUUGACCUUGACUUUAAAGCCUUCAAUGCUACCCACCUUUAUCAUAUUAUUUGCAUAUGCAUCACUUUUGAAAUGUAGUGUGUAAAAGUAUGUAGUGUAUUGUUUACGGACAAAAAAUUCUUCACAAUGUCUCAUGUAGUCUAACUUUGUAAAUACUGUUGGUUUUGUUUCUCCUUUAUAAACUUUACUGUCUAACUUUGUGAUAAGUGACAUGCAUUUAUGUUAAGAUUAUGUAUGUUCCCCUGAAACAUUUUUUUUUGUAAUUAUAUAAUUGAGAAUCUGGAAUGAAAUCCUUUAAGUGUCAGAAGUUCACAUUUUAAAAACAA